GUACGUCAGUUUAGUUUCAGUCCGCAUCCGUGGCGCGCGUAACAUUACGCGCGUGCAUACUUUUUCCCGCCAUUCAGUGAAAAGUUUUGUGUUGUGAUAUUCAUACAUUACUGGAACACCAGAAAUUCAACUCUGUUUGAUAUACUGGAGAAUGUGGUAGAAGAAAGAAGAAAUAACGGAACCUUAGUAAAUUUUCCAAAAUGUCUAACGCCGUUGAAAAUGGUAUUGGCGAUGAAGCACGCGGGAAUACAUAUUAUUUCUCAAAGGGCAGAACAAGUGCAUCCCUAUGGCAAAGAAUUAGUUUAUUUGUAUCAAUAUAUUGGAAGGCGCUGAUUGUAGUCUUCACUCCCAUAAUUUUACUACCAAUACCAAUCUUAAACGCUGGAUCCGAAUCAGCAAAGGCCUUCAAAUGCAUGUACGUAGUGCUCAUAAUGGCCACCUACUGGGUCUUAGAACUGCUCCCCCUCCCAGUGACCUCCAUGUUACCCAUCGUGCUCUUCCCCACCCUGGGCAUCCUGGACUCAGAUAAAACAUGCGCUGCGUACAUGAAAGAGACGAACAUGAUGUUCAUGGGUGGGCUUAUGAUUGCUGCUGGAGUUCAGCACUCGAAACUGCCUAAACGGGUGGCGCUGUGGACUGUACAAGUGGUCGGAUGCUCGCAUAGAAGGUUAAACCUCGGGCUUACCUUUGUGACGAUGUUCAUAUCGAUGUGGGUGUCCAACGCAGCUGCCACCACCAUGAUGGUGCCCAUCGUGGAAGCCAUCUUGGAAGUUUUUGAACAGCAAGGAUUGGGAGAAGUUUACAUAAACAAGAAGAAAGCUCUCCCCGAAAAUGGGAAGGACGUAAAACCUGCUCAAGACAAAAAUGGCGAAGAAGAGUCCCCAAUCCCAAGCGACAUCACAGUAUGCUACUACCUAAGUAUCGCGUAUGCUUCAACACUAGGAGGUUGUGGUACUCUCGUGGGAACAGCUACUAACUCCGCUUUCAAGGGCAUCUUUGAUUCUGAGUUCCCGGAGAUAUCGGGCGCGGUGGAUUUCUUCUGGUUCAUGGCGUACAGCAUGCCACCCAUGUUGCUGAUGCAGUUACUUGUGUGGAUCUCCCUGCAGGUCACUUUUAUGGGCCUCUUCAGACCAAACAGUGAAGCUGCCAAAAAAGUGAAUGCCGCAUCAACAGGCUCAGAGAACACCAUGAGAGUGAUAAAAGACCAAUACAAGGGCUUGGGACCUGUCACCUUCCAUGAAAAGUCGUCAGGUAUGCUGUUCAUCCUUGCAGUGUUCCUGUACAUCUUCAGGAAGCCCGGCUUCAUGCCUGGAUGGGCUGAUGUCAUCACCACCAUGAAAGUGAAAGACGGGGUGGUAUCCAUUCUCAUUGUGAUACUGAUGUUCGUGCUACCGAUGUCUAUGGACUUCAUCAAAUUCUUCUCGUCGUCUUCUUCCUAUGAAGAAUUGGUGCAAUCCAAACCGUCGCCCAGUAUUGUCACGUGGAACAUUUUGAAGGAAAAAAUCCCGUGGGGAUUGCUUUUCUUGCUGGGUGGUGGCUUCGCCCUAGCCGAAGGUAGCAAGGCAACAGGCUUAUCCUCGAUGAUCGGAACAUCCCUGACGGGUCUACAUGGUCUCCAUCCGGCGAUCGUGCUGCUGGUGGUGGUGCUGGUGACGCAGUUCAUCACCGAGUUCACAUCCAACGUGGCUAUUGCCAAUUUAAUUCUCCCAGUUUUGGCUAAUAUGGCUCGAACCCUAGACAUGGACCCCCGCUACCUCAUGGUGCCAGCAACACUAGCUUGCUCCAUGGCUUUCCACAUGCCCGUGGGGACUCCCCCCAAUGCUAUAGUGGCUGGUGUUGCCCACAUACCCACUUCGAAGAUGGCUGUCGGCGGAAUCGGGCCCAAAAUCAUAACCACCCUCAUCGUCUGGGGCGCUUACCCCACAUGGGGGUCACUUAUCUUCAAACCCUCCGACAUCGCGGGACUCAAACCCCUGACCCCCACGUCCGCUAUGGCCCAGAACCUGACACUCGCCUGUGACGUCACCCCCAACACUUUGGCCCAUGUUGGACAAUUUAAUUGCUCAAUACCACAUAACCCCUUGUUAUUAGCAAAUAAUGCGACCUCGGGAUUAUUAAAUGGACUGUUUUCUUGUGUUAAAAGUUAAAUUUUGGGGGUAGUUUGAGUGUAGUACUAGUUUUCGUCCGCGGUUUUCUCGCGUAUUUAAAAAUGUAUUUCAGAUUUUGACGGGCUUUUUGAGUGACCCAAUUUUUAGGUCAUCAAAUAUGUUCAUGAAAAAUUUUAUCAAAUUAUGUUCAGUGGCGUAUUAUUAACACACGGAGAAACUUACGAAGUAAUUUAGUACUUACAGAUUUUAAUUUGCAAGAAUCUUACCUAUAUAUUUUUGACGGAUAAAUGGUGCUAAGAAAUGUUAAAUAUUUCAUAAAUUUACCUGCGAAUUUUAAAACGAAUUUGUAUAAUGUGAUAUUCAUAUAGAACAAUAGACAAUAAUAAUGUGCCAAAGUAGUGCGAAUAUUGUAAUAUUAAAAUAUAAUAAUAUGUCAAAAUAGUGAAAAAUAUACAAGUUUCUUUAUAAAAUUUAAAAAAAUAUGUUCAAAGUGUAAAUAGACCGUAAUGCAGGAACAUAGUUUUAAUAUUAUCAUUUUUAUAAUACGAUAUUUUGGUGUAAAAAGCCAAGGAUAGUCUGUAUUUACAUAAAAAAAAAAUAAAAAAAAUGGCGGGAUUAUUAAUGUUUUGUCAUUUUGACAGUUUAAAAAAAUGUGUGCGUGUACUAGUGUACAUACAUAAGUGAAACUU